AAAAAACUUAGCUGUUCCCAUCUUUUGUCCGUCAUUAUCUGUUCAAAGUUUUUUUUUUUUUUAAACAUUACUCCAAAUCCAAAAUCAGAUCGAAACAACUAAUCAAUCAGUUUCUAACUCAGUCGGAGAAAAUGUCGCAAGAUCACGACGAAACAGAGAAGAAAUCCUACGCAGACGUUGCCGGUGGCGAUGGCGAUGAUGCCGGAGAAACCGUCAACGGAGAGACGAUGGACGGUCGCCUCAAAACGGACUACGUGGAGGUUGUGGAGGAUGAUGAUUCGGAGAGUCUCUACUCCUUGCUCUGCAUCACGAUCGGUUCGAUUCUGUUUCCCGAUUCCAAAACCGGGUAUGCCUCCUCCUCGUCUUUGCUUCAACGAAUAAGAAACUCAUUCGCCGAGAAUGGACCGAAGCUUCGAGAAGCUUCUCGCAAAACUUCACGCGAGGUUCUCCAGUGGACUCGUCGAGGCAGCCCGCUUCGUGCACUGCUUGUCAUCACUAUUGGAACAAUAGUUCUCGUUACGACGAUGGCUUUGGUUGUCUUCACGCUCUUCUUCGUAGCUGCGACAUUCAAUGCGAUCAUAAUCUCUCUUUUGGUUUCGCUCGCUGCUGCUGGUGGCUUCUUGGCGCUCUUCUUUCUCUCCUUGGCUGGUAUUUACAUCGGAGCUUUAUCCGUUGCCGCUUUCGUCAUCUCCACCGUUACAGUAUCAGCGGUUGUUUGCGUUUUAAUUGCUUCAGGUUGGAUAGGGUUUUUCUAUGCUGUGUGGUUGGGAGCAAGAGGAAGCCUGCGCUUGGCGAAGCAAUCGCUUUCAGUGAUGGGAGGUAACACUUUCAGUCGUCAUCACCAACACAAAGGUCGAGAGGUUAGCAUCGAAUCAUCCAGCUGAGGAUAGGAUGAUUGGUCGAGCGUGUUGUUUGUGGAAUUUUUAUAUACAAACGUUUCUUUGUUGCGAAGUAGCAGAGAACCAUAAGAGAGUCGUUUUUUUUUUAAUCAAUGUCUACGUUUGGAUUAUGACUUUGGAUCUGUGUAUGCAUACAUUUGUCUUUAAUGUACUUAAGAAUGAUGAAUAUGCAUUAUGAAAACUCAA